AUGCUUAGAUCUUGCCGUAUUCCGCCAGUUCUGAACCGAAUUUGUGAUGAGCAAGUUCAAUUUGCCUUGCUCGUCACGAACGACGGCGAGUUGUUGGGUUCAUCGACGCAGCAUCUACACAGCGACUCUUCCACAUGGAAUCCUUCCAUUACCAAAGACCCGGAAUCAUUCGGAACGUUAUUGGCAGACAUCGCUAUGGACUAUCAACGGCUCGGUGAAGAAUAUGCCGGCAUUGAUGCAACUCAACGAUCAAAAUCGCACAUGCAAUGUCUAUUGUUGGAACUAGAUCUUGGAUUGGUGGGUGUAUCGAGCUGCCUCGGAACUGACUGUCUCGUCCUAGCUGUGGCUAAAUCGGAUGCUCCACCGGGACUGCUAAAGGCAAGGCUGCAAACGGUUGCGGUUUACGUACAAGAAGCUCUGUCGACCAUUACAGAAACAGCUUGAGCUACGUAAUAGUUUCUUGAGUGGCGCAUACCUAGCAGAAGGGGGAGUUGCACGGUCUACUCAGGAACCGCUCUCACUUGAUCUCUCAGCCACCAAAUUUACGAAUGCUUCGUACUGACGAACUCAUAAUAACGCUUCAGACCAGUUACUCAGAUCUUGUAAAAAGAGCAAAAAUUUUUCCAAACUU